AUGGAUAUAAUUUGGAUGAGUUAUCGGGAAAAUUCUUCUGACCACGAGCGCUCCACGCGUUUAUCACAUGGGCUGUAUGUCAGUUCGGCACGACCGCCUCAGCGGAAGCCUAGGUGCCGAUCAUACCCGACCCUAUUUGACCAGCCUCCGGCUCCCAAGGUCGAACACGACACACUGCAUUCCUCUCUUACUCCAGGACAUCGCAACGUCGUUUAUUCGCUGUGUUGUAAUCUUUACGCGUGGCAGGGUCUCCGGCAUCGCAGCUUCCACAUGCCACCGAGGAUGUAUAGGCAAUCGCUGUGCCAGUUUGUUCCGACCCCAGAGGACCAUCAAAAAACCCAGCCGCGGACGGAGGCGCCUCUGGCUCAGAGGGAGUCCUCCAAGACACGCUGCGAGUUAUACAUGUAUUACCCCAAGAAGCACAAGGGGUCCUUUGUGCCCUAUGUGGAUCUACGCGUGAACAAAGAAUUUACGUCUUUUUUGGUGGCCACUGGAGUGCCGUUCACUUCAGUGUCUUUUAAUCAAGUGGCAAACUGGGGGAGUGAGGUGACGAACGGCUGCGUGCAAGCCGACCUCGUUUCGCUCGGCGGGCAGCUGGUGGCACAAGGAUUCCAAAUCAGAGUUAACAGUCUACCCGUCAAUAUCCUCGGUCUUGACUUAUUGAUGGGCGGACGCUUCCUUCUGGAGCUCCCUUGUGAGUGUCCUACAUUGACCCUGGAGUGCCCGGUAACGCCCCAGGUCGUGACCUGGCCGCCCUUCCUGGAGAUGAGCAUUAGCGGCACCAGCAUGCAGGUCUUGCUUGACACGAGCUCUAACGGGUUCCUGACUGGUCCCGUGGGCGUAGCCACGUGGCUCAAUCUGCCCCUCAUGAACAUCACCCACCACAACCGCUUCAUGACCGGCCAGAACGGGCGUCUGUUGAUCGAGUGGAAGGCGAACGGCGUCGCUCUGACCGGGUUUGGCCGCGAGAUUGCGGGCUCUUUUGUGGGUUACCUCUUCCCCGGCGACAUCACGGCGGUGGGCAUGCAGUUCCUGGCGGGCGCACGAAUUGCAUACAGUGCGUACGGCCCCUGGAGCGUCACCUUCCCGGAUUGGACGUCAGCUGGAAGCCAGCAGAGUGCCUUUGCGGAGUUAGACACUGAAGCAGACCCAUUCACGCCCUGUAUCUCUUCCCCUGUUCCCGUAAAUUACCCCGAGGUAACUCAGUUUACUCCAGUUACCAAAAAUCUUCCCCAAUGCGAAGAACCCAUCCAAGCGCCUCCAUCCGCUGCCCCUUCCCAGGGGAACGUCUUUGCGGAGUUAGACACUGAAGCAGACCCAUUCACGCCCUGUAUCUCUUCCCCUGUUCCCGUAAAUUACCCCGAGGUAACUCAGUUUACUCCAGUUACCAAAAAUCUUCCCCAAUGCGAAGAACCCAUCCAAGCGCCUCCAUCCGCUGCCCCUUCCCAGGGGAACGUCUUUGCGGAGUUAGACACUGAAGCAGACCCAUUCACGCCCUGUAUAUCUUCCCCUGUUCCCGUAAAUUACCCCGAGGUAACUCAGUUUACUCCAGUUACCAAAAAUCUUCCCCAAUGCGAAGAACCCAUCCAAGCGCCUCCAUCCGCUGCCCCUUCCCAGGGGAACGUCUUUGCGGAGUUAGACACUGAAGCAGACCCAUUCACGCCCUGUAUCUCUUCCCCUGUUCCCGUAAAUUACCCCGAGGUAACUCAGUUUACUCCAUUUACCAAUAAUCUUCCCCAAUGCGAAGAACCCAUCCAAGCGCCUCCAUCCGCUACCCCUUCCCAGGGGAACGUCUGCAUGUACGAUGUUACUUUAUACAACCCCCCCAGUUACCCUUUCCCUCCUCCAGGGAAUUCCUUCACUCCGUCUACCGGAUAUGAGGCCCCAGUAUAGUCCUACACAACUCCCACAUAUAGCGUCCCUUUCGUGCAGCCUGAUUCAACGUACCCCGUUGUUUCGGGACAAGUUCCUACCAUUCCGGAGCAGGCCGUGGUCCAGCAGAAGUCGAGUUUGUGGAAUAUGUUUCCACUCCCUUCAUUCGGUAUCACGGCGAUACCCAGCGCCGUUGCCAACUUUUUCUCAAAAACCAAGUCUGAGAUCCCAAUGACUAUAAAAGACAUUCCCGAGAUGCCCGGACGGAACAGAUUUUGAAGUAGGAUGAACUUUCCACGGCAAGAAGCAAAUGUCACUGGCCAUACUGAAAAUUGAAGAAAAGAGAAGUAAGUGCAAAUAA